AUAACAGGUAAAACAAAAUAUUACAAUACAAAGCAUUUGUCUUUCAUGUCUCAUCUCCGAGACUCCGACUCCGACUCCGACUCCGAAGUUGUAGUUCGGUAAAACAAAGUCUCUCGCUUCUUCCCCCCACUCUCUCUCCACCUCCUUCCAUUUCUUCUUCUUUCUUUCUCUUUCUCGCUCUCUCUCUCUCCCGUGCUUCUAGGGUUUCGUUGAUAAUCCACAUUCAAAUUUCUCUCCUUUUAAUCUUUCUCUUUUCUUUUUGUAUAAUUAACGAUCAGAAGAUAUGGAUUCUUCCAAUUCAUGGAUCAAUUGUCCCUCUGUUUUCUCUUCUUCUUCUUCUUCUUCUUUGAGACGGUGUCAAUCCCGAUCAGAUUUAUAUCUAGGAGGAGGAGUAGGAGGAGGAGGGUACGAGGAUCUUGAAGGAGAAGACGAUUUGAAAGCUGAGUUUAUAUGCCCUUUUUGCGCAGAGGAUUUUGACAUUGUUGGGCUUUGUUGUCACAUUGACGAAGAACAUCCCGUUGAAGCCAAGAACGGGGUCUGUCCUGUAUGCACUAAGAGAGUGGGAUUAAAUAUCGUUGGCCAUAUUACGACGCAACAUGCCAAUUUUUUCAAGGUUCAGAGAAAGAGAAGGUUGCGAAGAGGAGGAUAUAGCUCUACUUAUCUCGCCUUGAAAAAGGAACUCCGGGAAGCUAACUUACAGUCUCUUCUUGGUGGUUCUUCGAGUUUCACUUCUUCUACAAACAUUGAUUCUGAUCCGCUGUUGUCAUCCUUUAUGUUUAAUUCUCCUUCACUCAAUGAGUCUGCAAACAAAACUGCUACACUUGUUGUGACUGAAGAAAAGUCAGCUACAAAAGUCUCAUUUAAAGAAUCUCUCAAAAGAGACAUUCAAGAAGCUCCACUUUCAGGUGAAGAUCAAGAGAAGGCGAAAAAGAGCGAGUUUGUGCGGGGUAUGUUGUUGUCAACCAUGCUUGGAGACGAUUUCUAAUUUUCCGUUAAAAUCCCUCGCCUUGUUGUGGUUGAUGCAUGAGGCAUAAGGAAUCUGAGGUUGAACUUGUUAAAGAGUGGUCAUAAUGUAUGUGAUGCGAAAUCUUGUAAGUUAAGGGGAUGCAGAGUUGCAUCCAUAUAUUAUUGUCGUUUAUACCUUGGAACCUUUAUGUGCAUAAGCGGAAUAAAGUACUUUCUUUAUUCGAAAGACAA